CCGGCCCCGCCCCAGCCUCUCCUGCGUUGCCCCGGCAGCGGGACAGCGGAGCGGGGCAGGUCCUUGUAACUGAACACAAACAGACCAUGCCUCUUCCAGAUACCAUGUUUUGUGCUCAGCAGAUCAAAAUCCCCCCUGAUCUGCCUGACAUUCUGAAGCAGUUUACCAAAGCUGCCAUCAGGACUCAGCCCCAUGAUGUUUUGCAAUGGGCAGCUGCGUACUUUUCAGCACUGUCAAAAGGCGAGCCCCUUCCUGUGAAGGAGAGGAUUGAAAUGCCUUUUGCAACAGAGACAACAGAUGCAGGUUUGACCCCAGGAUUCCUUAAAAUCUUGCACAAGCAGUUUUCUCCCCAAGGCACGGUGAAUGUUGCAACACUGCAGGAAAAAUGGAAGGACUUGUGCUUGCCAGAAGAGCAACUGAACACUCUCCUCCAACUGGACAACUUUGGGGAGGAGGUGGAAUGGAUGAAGUUUCUAGCACUUGGGUGCAGCGUGCUUGGCAAGUCCUUACUGAGUUCAAUGAAACAUGCCUGUGAAAUCAUAACAAUGGACCCAGAAGGUGGAGCAGCCAGUGUGCCCUUUGAAACAUUCUCAUUCCUCUACUCCUACUUGGCCAGUAUUGAUGGAGAGAUACCAGAGGAGAAAACUGAAGCUUUCCUCCAUGGAAUUAAACAACAGGCUGACCAACAAAAUGGGAUGGUGCUACUUAGAAACUUUGUGACCCAGCCUUCAUCAACAACUUAAGUUCUGAUUGAACCUACUCUUCAGCCUGGGUGAACAGGAAAAAAAAAAUAAGGAAGAAAUACAUGUAGGAACAUCUGUGUUCAAAGGAUUGUUUUUUGCAUAUUACAAUGAAAGAAGAUGCUCUUCUCUGUCCGUUCCUUUUCUUUAUCCCACUUUGCAGUAGAUGUUGAUUGAAUUCAUGGUUCUACUGUUCUCCUGCCUCUCCAAUACCCAUGCUCAUACCUAGGGAGUGGUACCUUCACUUAUUUGUUUACAUUGAGUAAAAUGUGUUUUGCUCUGGAUCUCUUCCUACCUAUACUUCAUAAGAAAUUGUAAGAAAAUAUGUGGCACACAAAAUUUACUUUAGAGAAGACUGGCCACCUCUAAUAACCUGUGCAUUUCUGGUAAUGCUUCUGGACAGCACUGACUUUAACUCUUACACAAGUACAGCUUGUCUUUUGACUGCUUUGUCUGCAUGAAGAAGUUCCAUUAAUAGCAUAGUUUUACAAGGCCUUACCCAAGAGAACUUAAUGAGAACCCUGUGGCUGAGCUGGCAGAAUAGAUAUCAACUUAAGAAAUUAGUUGGUAGGAAUUGAAACAAGUGAUGUUUCCAUAUUGCUUUCCCUCUAAUUAGGACCCUUUCAGAACUUUAACAUGUUUUUUUUCCCAAUUCUUAGAUGCAGGAUCUAUUUUAAAGUAUGUCUUGUUUUCUGACAGAAAAGGCCACUGUGUUUGGCAUGUAGAUGAGAAGGAAUGCCUGAGAAUUGUUUGGUUUUCAGUUGAACAGCUACAGUAAAUACAGAAGUCUAAAUCAAUCAUAGCUAGACUAUUUCGUGACAGAUAAUCACACUUAAUUGCAGAAGUGACUGAGGUAAGAGACAGCAUGCUGGCAGCUACACUGAAACCAGAGAUGCCAUUAACAGAGAAGCCUAUGGAGUGCCCUCUCCUGGCAACUCGACCAAACAAAACGAAGCAUUGUAGGAAAGAUGGAUCUGCAACCUUGUUCUUUCCUAUUUUCUUACUUUGCAGACAUAACAAGGC